AUGUAUUAUUAUCUUAUAAGGUACAGCGAUGGCGGUGCUCACGAACUGCAGAAAACAAGGCAAGCAUUGCAUGAGAAAGAAAGAGAGCUUGAAAGACUCAAAGAGAGGUAAAAGAGCAGUCAAUGCAUUUUGUGGGUCAGAUAAUUUAUUUUGUAUAUUUUGUUUUUACUCAUAAAAAAAAUCACCCGCCAAGGCAUGCAAUUUGCAACACUCUGCACAAUAUUUCAAUCUCUCGUUUAUUUGAAACUCACUAGCAUAGUGAUGUUGUCGCUUGAAACAUUGCAUAAUCGAUCUUCAUAGCGUUUUUCGGGCUAGGCCAUUAGGCUCCGUCCACACGUAUCCGGAUUCCUACUCUGUUUGUCAGCCAAUUUGUAGAACGAUCCUCGGCUCAUGCAGAAAUUUUAUCGCCAAUCUUCUUCAAUAACCGUUUCACUGACAAAAUUGUCCCACUAAGCACUAUUUCGCUCGUUUUAGUUGUUUACGGCGCCCAAUUCGUCCGUCCGUCGAUCCGCUGUUUCACAUGAUUGAAGGGUACAGUAAUCACAGUAAUUAUAGCUAGGUUUAACUGCGCACACGUUAUAAGAAGUCCAAGAAGUAAAGAAGAGAUAAAAUUCGCGUUCUGCACAGGCUUGAAUAUUCAUGGUAAAGAACUGGUUUCGAUCUUGUGACGUCACUGGACAAAAAAAUAUCCGGAUUUAGCGUCUAUACGAUUCCGUAUUCAUAGCGUGCGGAUUCAAAAACUUGCGGAUUCGCAUGGUGGAUGCACCGGAUUCAAAAAUAUCCGGAUACGUGUGAUAUAAUUAUCAUAGAGGGAGUAUUACGAAAUAGGUAAAUCAAUGAAGUCUUAUCCGCUUAUUGUUAAGAAAAAUGUGGACAACAACAAAACAGAUUAGAGCAAUCAGGCAAAAACAAAAAAGCAAUUGUCUUCUGAGGGCGAAAAAAUAUCCCAAAGUCCAGGAUUAUUUGUAGGAUUGAUUGCUUUGUUUAUUUCAGACAUGCUGCAAUCUCUGAGAGAAGAGUGAGAUCCGAUCAAAGAAAAUCAGAAAAUACCCGGAGCAAUAAUAGGCAGUCCGAACUUGAAAGUCAUUAUGUAACUGACUUCAAAGACGGUGCUCGUGUUGAUGCGGUGGAGGUUAUAACUAACAGAGCCAGGCCUUAUGGAACGAAGCCAUCUGGAACAGAUUAUUUGAAGUUUUGCAGACUUGCAUGCUUCAUUUUUGAGGUAAGAGUUUAUUGGUAUUACUGAUUUGCUGUUACUUUUGUUAUGUUUUUUGAUUCGUUUGUUAGUUUGAUUUUCUUAUCACGGUGCUCCUAUCUAGCUGUAAGGAAGCCUAAAUCAAGGGACAAAAGAACUUACGGAAAUUGAAAGUAUGUUUUGGGCUUCGUAAAUGCGUUAGGAAUUGUCUUGAUGUACCCGCAAGUACGUGCAAAUUGAUAUCCCUGCCGUGGCACGACAGGUAUGAAAGGGUUGGCUUGAUCUCCAGCCUUCCUUUGGUUUAUGUCAGGGCUCCUGUUUAUGUUGUUUUGGAAUUUUUAGGAAAGAUUAAACGCUUAAUAGCGGAGCUGUCGCGCGCGAAGCGUGAGCAGCGGAGUACCAUGGGUAAGAAAAUGUAGUAAUCUACCCAUCCGAGAAAAUUUGGUAUGCACGUGACCGUGCGCCCGACCGUCUGUCUUCACCACAGGCAUACCUUCCAUCCGCACCACAGGCAUACCAAUGUUAAAUAACUCAAUCAACAGAUAUGGCAGCCCAAAUGCAACUCGAGGUUAUUUUGGCGGGAAAUCGCAAAGCCACCCGCGUCUUGUAAAGCAGAUGCAGCUAAAGAGUCAAUAAAGACGAAACCGGAAAGCGGAAAUUGUUUCUGUAUCCGUUUUUUCUAAAGUAUUAAGCUUAGAUUAAUUGUCAUAUCCACAAAUUUGGAAUAUAGAGCAAGAGAAAGACAGAGAAAAAGAGAAAAACUCAACGAGAAAAAGGGCGACAGAGAUCGAGAGGGAGAGAUAAAAAACAAAGGACACAUUUUUUUGUUGGAAGAACAACAUGAAAAUUUUGUAGCGGCGGUGACAAAAUGAGAAUGCAAUGAGAAAAUGAGCUCAGUGAAAAAAAUGUGAACGAGAAUACGUACGACAUUUCCUCCAUAAAAAAAAGUUUCUGGAAGUUUUACGUUGUAGUCGUGCAAAGCAACGGCAAAGAAAUGUACAAAAAAAGUGUGAUGCACGUGCAAAGUUGCUUUGUUGCUAAUUAGACCUUUUGUUGUUUUCCCCGUUCUUCGGCGUUGCCUUCGCCGCUUAGCAUUACACGAAUUUAUAUUUUGUUUGAACAAACUAUAAAUAUUAUCGAGAGCUUCGCUUUUAGCCCUUGCUAAAUCUAUAUAUUAAUAUAUUCUCUAACUGGAUAACUGACUAAGCAGCUUAUGCUUUGCGCCUCAAAUGUCAGCUUCAAUAAAACAUUUGGCCGUUUUUGGACAGGGGGCAGAGAUGUUGUGUUUGACCUGGGAUUCCAGUUUAUUUUGCGUCACGACUGAGGGAAUACUGAAUAAACGUAGGGCCGAUGGAAGCGUCGUGCGUCGUGCGUUACUGAAGAAAGAGCUAUUUAUCCUGUCAUGUCAUCCGAUUUGAGCAUAAACGAGGUUUAAGACUCCGGGAUAAACCUUUUUCUUAAGACGCAAGCUUUCGAUUACUUUCAGAAUCUUUAUCAAGUGAUGGAGUAUCGGUUUGAUGUUGGAACCCGACUUGAGGCUCGGUAUCAAUAUGGGAGGGAGCCUUAGGAGUUCUGGGAUCCUGAUGAAGCGCAAUAUAUAGUGAGCUUAGAAUGGCCGUGAACAAAAAGGAUUUGUAUGGGAACCCCGGUACUACUAGAUAAAUACUAACAGAAAUUUUCAAUAAAAUUUCCGUCUUUCGUUAUUUACAUCGUGUGAUCAUCUUAUGCUUCCUUUGUGGUUUCCUGAUCCGAUGCCAUCUUUGCGAUUUUUUACUCUGCACAGACAAGGGUCUUUUUCUGCUACAAGUUUUCAGUACUUAGAGGAACUUUUUGAAUUCUGUAAUGGCAAUAACUUUAAAGCUCAACGUACUUUUCUUAACAACAUGUUUUAGACUGCCUACGAGUGUGCUAUGAAAGCGAAAACGUCUUUUGAGAAAGUUACGACUGCUGUUCUGGACAUCUUAUCAUCAAACGCUCCUGCAAUUGGACUCAACAAAAGCGAAUUCCAGAAUAAGGUAAUAUUCUGUAGAUUUUGGUCUCUGUUCCAAUGCUAUAUACAUAAGGGACGACAAAGUGGUAAAACAAAGGGAAGUCCCAAAAAAAAAUUACAAACCAUGACAUAAAUAUAACAAACACACUCAAGAAAUAUGAGUGAUGUUUUUUUUAGUCGCUGACACAGGCGACGUCAAAAAAAUAAAUAAAUUGGUAACUAAAAUAAAUAAGUAGAUAAAUCAAAAUAAAACAAAUAACAACAACAACAACCCCCCCCCCCCAAAAAAAGAAAAUAAAAAAAUAAUAAUAAUAAUAAUAAAAUAGAGUUCUCCUCAGCGAGGAAGACGAAUCCGUAAACUUCUUAUUCAGUUCAUAUCGUCGUUAUCAUACCAAUGGAAAUCAUUCUCCAGUGACUGAAUAACUUAGCUUUAGUUAAUCUGAUAGAAAAGUGGCUUUUUUUCUGUAUCUUUUUCUCUGCUACGAUACCUAAACGUUUCAUAAAGGUAUUUAUGCACGUCUACAUUCUAAUUUUUAUUUCGUAGUUUCGCUAUAUGGGCACGCACACUGGAGAUGAGAAUAAAUCACAAGACGCGUUAUCUGAGGUCAUGGUUCUUGUCAAAGAAGAAGCAAAAACUCAUGACCUAAAUUCGCUUAUAAAUGUAAGUUAAAUCAAUUUAUUAUUAAAUGUUACAUUCCUGAAAAGUUUGUUAUAACGCUUUGAUAUAAUUUCAACGAUCCGCUUUUAAAAAAAAAAUAUUGCUGACCUACUGGUGGUUAGUCUUUUCUUUAAGACGAGCUGUCUAGAUUUAAAAAAAAAACUGUUUUUGCAGUGGAAUGGAGAUGAAUCUUGAUUAAUAGACUUGGUCAGGAAAAGUAGAAGCCAGAAAGGAAGUGGUUACAGAAAGUGGAUAGAAAUGAGAGACAGGACGAAGAAACGAUACUUAUUGGCGGUGGAACGAGGUCCGCAUUAAUUUAAUUAUGGCACAGGGAGUAACGACAAAGCUACUUUUAAACGAUCACAGUUUAUUUCAUGGACACUGCGGGCGCACAAUAUUUCAUACAGUGUUAAAAAAAACAUAAUUCUGGAAUUAUCUUUUAUUUUAAUCUAUGAUCUUUACAAAGUAUUAAAUCGCUACAAUUUGUCGCCACACAACAUGAACUAGAAAAAGGAACGUCACAAGAAAGAAAAGAUAAUAGCGUAAUAUAUUCAACUGAUCUGUAUUCAAGGUAAUUCGGGAAUCAAAGUUAGUAAAAUGUUUUUUAAAAAAAAUUUAAUAAACAGUACAGUGAAUUACUAUCUGUAUUUCAAGUAUCACUUGCGGUUGCUAUUUAUCACUUUACUUAUUAACAAGGUGACUACAUCAGUCUUAGCGCUCUUAAUUCCUACUUUUACGUUUCCAUAAAGAAAUGAUUUUCUUCGUCAUUACUUAGGUGGUCAAAGAAGUAAUUAAGACAAAAUGGAUACGGGAUGAUGACACACUUCCUUCUUAUAACUACACUGUUAUGUACAGCUUGGAUGAGUACAUAAACUAUUGCACAAAAUUUGCUUGGUGUAUGGUGUCCCGAGUUCCUCCUUUGGAAAUUGAAUACAAGAACAACGUUUUUAACUCUAGAACGCACGUUCUGAGCCAAGCAUUCAGUCUUAGAGGAGAGAAUUGGGCGGUCCAUCAUAGGAGACAUCCGAAAGCCCAGCAGACUAUUAAAUGCUACUUGUGGCCCACCCUACAGGAUUGUCAAGGAAAGGUUAUAGUAAAAGGAGAGGUGAUCUUGAGUAAGAGGUAG